AUGCAGAUGUCCCGAACUUCCUCGACUGCGACGCCUACAUGGCAUCACUUCGAGCGAAAGCUCGAGGAGGUCAAGCCUUCCAAGACUGAUAUCAACUACUUGGUCAUGGAUUACCUCAUCACCAACGGCUAUCCCGCCGCUGCGAACAAAUUCGCAGUAGAGGCCAACAUUAAACUCAGAACAGACCUAGAGUCUAUUCAGGAGCGUGUUGAGAUUAGGACUGCGAUUUACUCCGGUGAUAUCCAGUCAGCUGUCGAAAAAAUCAACGAGCUCAAUCCUCAGAUUCUCGAUGAGGACCCUUCUCUGCACUUUGCUCUUCUGCGCUUGCAGUUGGUUGAAUUGAUACGCUCCUGCAUGGCCGUCCCAGGCAAUGACAUUAGUCCAGCUUUGGACUUUGCGACGUCGCAGCUUGCACCUCGAGCCCCUACGAACCCCCAGUUCCUAGAGGACCUCGAGCGGACGCUUGCCUUAUUAAUAUUCCCCAGUGACAACCUGGACCCAUCGCUUGCAUGUCUUCUGGACCCCGCGCUUCGUAAAGAUAUUGCAACCCAAGUCAACGAGGCCAUUCUGCAGAGUCAAGGCGCUCGUAAAGAGGCCCGCCUGCGCAACCUUGUGAAGCUUCGGACUUUUGCCGAGAACAAGGCCCGAGUCGCUAAAAGAGACAUCCCAGACACCCUAGAUAUUGGCUUGGUCGGCGAUUCUCACAAGAACUCUAGUAAUGACCUUGCUACUAACAUUACCGACACUUUAAUGUCCCACAACAGCGACGUUGACCCAAUGAUAUCCUGA